ACAAAAUUUUUUAAAGCAUCAGAAGGCCAACAAGUUUUAUUGAUCUGUACACUCUCUUAGCGAGCCAUGAACCACUUCCGACAUGUCUAUAACUCAGGACAUGGACAAUAUCAUGUACAGCCCAGAGAAUCUGAUAAAGAAUCCUAUGAUCUACAUAGAAGAGGCUACCCACACAGAGAUAGGCAAAUGCCAUCUAGAUAUAACCAAGCAGCAAGAGAAUCAGUGUAUAAUGCUGGUAGUUAUGAUCCUAGGGAAAGGAAUGCAUAUUUUCCACAGGGGUCAUAUUCUAUUGAUUUUGAGAGAGAAACACCGUGGAAUUCUAAUGAGGGAAAUUAUGAGAACAGGAUGAGCAUGAAAAACCAUAGGGAUUACAGGAAUUCAGAAAGAGGCUAUGAAAUUUCAGAAAGAGGCAGAAAUUCACAGAGAGGCUAUGGAACCUCAGAAAGAGACAGAAUUUCUCAGAGAGGCUAUGGGAUUUUAGGUAGGGGCAUAGAUUCACAGAGAGGCUUUGGAAUUCCAGAAGGAGACAGAGAUUUGAGUAGAGGCUAUGAUAUGGUAGAUAGAGGCAGAAAUUUACAGAGAGGUCUUGGAAUAUCCAAAAGAGGCCAUAGUAAUUAUUUUGAAAGGGAAACUUAUGGAAGCAAAAGACCUUAUUGGAAAGCACACGGACCAGAGGAACCUUAUUAUCUUGGAAAUGUUGCAAGUGAGCCUACUUACAACAGACCAGAAAAUGGAAGUGACCAAGUGUUUGAUGAGUCACUAAGGAAGGGAACACAUUCUCAUAAUUCUCAAAGACAAUUAGGUGAGGACACUGUCCAAAAUCAGACGUUUCCAAGAGGUUCAUCUCUGAAGAAAUCCCCUAAAAGUGCAACUUUAAAAUACCCUGAAAUAAAAGCUUCAACUGCUCAAGAAGUUUUGAAAACAAACUAUGUAAAGAAAACCGCAGACAGAGAAAGUUCAGGAAACAGUGGUAAGACCACAGGAAAUGUUCAGAAGCAGAACUUGUCAACAUAUAAAAAAAGCAAAAGGAGUCCCCUAAGCAUUGCUAACAUGAAGGACAAAAGGUUAACAAGUAAGACAGACAAACCUGAUUUAGCUUAUGGUCAAAUGGGUUUGGAUACACAUGAGAAAGAUGAUAAACAAUCAGUGGAAUCAACAAUUAAGAAUAAAAAUGUCUCUGGACCUGACAGAAGAUGGGAUUUCAUACAGAUCAAUGAUACUAUUCCUAUUGACAUAGCUGGAACUCAUCCUAACAAACUAAUGGAGGCAUCCAGUACAGAAGUGACUGUGAUUGAAGCAGGUGCUAAGGAUGAAAUUUCUCUGGAAUCUGGCAAAACUUUGUCAUCUGGUGAACCAAAAAAUGAAAUUGAGCACCUGGAAGGGCUAUCUGCUCUGACAUUGGCUUCUUGCUAUGAUGAAGAUGUCCGUACCAAAUCCAUUGCUAGGGCUGUGAGGGAAGAUGAAGCUUCAGGUGAUGACUGUAUAGUAGAGAAUCUUGUCAGUAAAACAUCCUCAGCACAAGUUACUGCAGUGGGGUGUUCAACAGCCAAAAGACCUGUAACAAUCAAAGAUCAACUACAAACAAAGGAAGGACCCGUAACAAUUAAUGAACAGAUCUCUAGUGCUCAAAGAGCAAAUGUUCAUUAUGACUCAGAUUUAACUUCAGGACAAACAUUGAAGUCCCACAGUGCUACUGAAAAUGCUGAUUUUGAAAUGAAAGAUGAUGGUAUUUAUGAAAUUGAUAAUAAAGGUAGUCAGUGUAAUUCUCUUACAUUACCUACAGUAAAAAGUAAUAACUCUUCAAAAAUUUAUUUGAAUGAAAAGAAAGAGAGUGGCUCAAUAAAGGCAAAAACUUCUAACAGUAGUUCUGAAGAAAGCCUGGGAAGAAGUGUUGAUAAUUUGUGUGUUAUUGGAUCAGAUAAUACAAUGUUGUCGGGAACUUUAUACAAGACAGAAUCUAGGAAAGGAGGCAAAGUAGACAGUGUGCAAGAUAAUGUAAGUGUAGAACCAGGUUAUAGGACACCAGGGAAUUCAGUACAGGACAGUGGUCAGUUCUCCUCAGAGAGGAAAGGAAAGGAAAGGACACCAACUAGUGACAGUAAGUAUGGUACAAAGGAUAGACAAAGAAUGCAGAGUGGAGAAAGUCAACGUUUUCCUACGAAGGAAAGACUGGGAGAAGGAAAGAGACGCCACUCAGAGGAACCACAGUAUGGGAGAGAGAGUUAUCUUUUACAACACAGAAGUAGCAUAGACUCCUCAAGUCAAGAUAAGAGAGGGGUAAUGCAGAGGUCCCAGUCAGAUAAUUCCCAAGAAAUCACUCCUAAAACUGCUCAGACAUACAGGGAAUAUAGAGAGGCAAAGCAGAGACAGUUGGAGAGAGAAGAACGAGAGAGAAAGAGGAAUCAGAUGAGGUCCACUUCCAUAGAGAGGCAUAAUGGCCACUCUACUCCAAGAAAGGACUCCAUGAAAAACUUGGAUGACGUGGCAACACCAAGCAAUCCUUUAAAUAAAGGUGGACAGGCUAGCAGUUCUAUAUCUACAAUUUCUGAUUCCCUGGAGUCUAAAUUCUGCAUUGUGUAUGGUGCUGAUUUACCAAGUCCUCAGGAAACGAGUGAUAGACUGAGUGACUUCGACAUAGAUCUAGAUGACUCAGAUGAUGAACUCUUAGAGACUCCAUCCUUUUUAAAAGACUUAGAAACUGCCAUAACACAGCCAGUUCCUGGCACUCCACCUCCAAAGAAUCAGUCAUCUCCGGGUCCAGGCAGUCCCAUUCCAAUGGCAAACACUAACUCCAUUUUUAUUCCAUCCACAUCAAGAUUUGCCAAGUUUUCUCUGGACAGUUUGCUGGCAGAACAUACAGACAAGCCUGAAGAGCAAAGGGAGUUUGAAGAAAUGCAGACUGAAUUAAAGGAGUCUGUGAGAAAAGGGGGCUUUGUGAAAGACACACUUGAAAAGCAAGAAGAUCAUACAGAACAAAAUUUACUUCCUGAGCACCAAGAGCAGAUAGAACAUCUUGAAAUGAAGAAAAGUGUCAUAUCCACAGCCCACCCAGGAGAGACAAUUUUCUGUCCAAAUCGCUACAAACAGCUUUACACUUCAAGAAUCUCUCCCACCAUGUGUGGCUUUACUGCAGGGGAAUCCUUCAUUGACAAGUUCCUUACAACAGUCCAGCCAAAAGAUUUUGAUACGCUGUUAUCAUCUGAAGUUCUUGUCAGCAGUCUGGAGAAGGUGUCCUGUCCAAAAAUUCUCCUCAAAUGGCUCAUCUUUCUGUUAUCUGUGGAUGAGAGUCAUCUUGUGAUGGAUGGUUGUUAUAAAGUAUUGGAGGAAUAUCUGUAUUGUCACAAGGUUUUUAAUGACGAUCAGGACAAUCCCUGGGCUCCCUCUAUUGAGGACUUACUCUCUGUGUUCAUGAAUUGUGGAGCAUCUGAAGAAAGCAUUUUACCUAAAGAUGUGUUUAAAGGUGAUGAAGAAAUAAGCACCCUUGGUAGUAAGGUGACUAGAGAGAAUAACCAGCCCCUCCCUCCCCCUAAUGUGGGCAGCUUUAACAGAGAAAAUCUCAGAAUGGUGAUCCAGGUUAUAGCACUUGCUCUCCAAAGAAGACCAAAGUACCAGACUUCCCACCUGCUGGCAUUGUAUGUCAUGUUAUGUAGAGUGGCCCUGGACAAGUCCUUGAACUGUGGUUUAAUCAACAUAGAAAUCCAGUCUUGUUUAGGCAGCAUUUUGUGUUGUUAUUCAGAUUCAGAAUGGAAGACUUGUGCAUUGCAGCUGAGUUCAGUCCUCCCCACACUUACAGAUCACCACCACAACAAGGCCUACCUGGCCUCCUUGUCCCCCUAUGGAAGGCGAGGACAGUUCCUACAGAGGAGGGUAGCUUACAUCAUGCUGAGGCAGCUGUUUGAUUUGGAACCAUGUUCUACAGAGAAACUAGAAAACUGCAAGAUAAGAGACCUUCACCAGUUCUUGCCACACCUUCAGAAUUUGGUGAACACAGACAUGUACAAGUUAUACAGCUGUAUCAUGCUAAUAGACCUUUGUGUAGGGAAUGGUCUCAUUACUCCAGCAGAGAAGGAUAGCCUCCAAUACCUGUCAGAACAGAUAAAGAAGAUUUGUGGAGAUACAAGGGAUGAUGUCCGUAUGUUAGACAGAAGCCGGGUGAAGGACCAAAUGGUGAGACUGACUAGUAAAUGGACAUUGAUGCUACUCACAGUGGGCAGCAAACAGAGGAGCAUAUUUGCUUACACAAGUUCUAGAGCUCCCCAGAGUUUAACAAUAGAGACAGUUCAAACCACCCAAUCAGAUGAGAGCCAAUCUGAAGAGGACUCUAAUGAGAGCCAAUCAGAACAGGGAUCUGAUGAAGAUAUGGACCCGCUGGAGGACAUUGAUUUAGACCCCACAGAAAUGCAAGCUGAUGAUGUCCCUACAGAAACACCAGCUGAUAAAGUCCCCUCAGAAAUACCGGCUUCUGAUACGUGACAGGAGACAGUGCCAUGUGACCUGGGAUUAGUGCUUUUGAAAUUUCAUUUUGUUGAGAUUUUAGACAGAGAUGGUAAACAUUGUUGACAUUUGUUAGAAUUAAAUUAAACUAGUCAAAUAAAGUACAUGUAUGUAAUUUCACCUCUCAUAGAAACAGUCUUGCUUUUCUUCUUUUGAUAUGGGUCUCUCUGUCUGUCCAACUGUCUGUCAUUCUCUCUAUGUGUAACACUAACUCUAGUUUUGGGAUGAUAUUUCAAAAAGUCCUUGAGCUUUUGCAGUUAAAUUUGUAUCAUUUGUAAGGCCCUAUGACUUAAGGACAUAUGGACUUAAAAAGACCCUGUUCAUUUUGAGGUCAGGCCCCAAGACCAUAAACUGAGAACAGACUUAAGUCAAAAUUUCGAAUCAAUAUAACUUUUGAAAUAAUCUUCAGAACAAAACAAAAUUUUCAUCAUAUGUUUAAAUUAAAAUAUUAUACAAACCUGCAAAUUUUUAAGCACAUAUGUUAAAUAAAAUUCAAGAUAUUCAAAAUCAAAAUUUUCAAAAUUUUGACUUAAGUCUGUUCUCAGUUUAUGGUCUUAAGGGCAGAGAUCAAGGUCGGAUAUUUAUAUAUUGCAUAAAAUGUUUUCCAGAUGACAACUUUAGUAAUCUAAGAGCUUUUGCAAUGAAAUUUUAUGUUAUAACUCCUUAUGAUUUUAAGAACAUCCUCUUUGAUUUUGAGGACAAAUAUGU